AUGGCGGCCAUGGUGCCAAUGGAUCAGGCUGUGGAGGUUUCAUACUGCAUGAAGCUGGACCUCCCCGAUACCAAGGAUAGCGAGGACUUGGCCUUGUAUUCUGCGCGGACAGAGCAGCUUCCGUCUGCUCGCUUGCCGAAGAAGCUGUCAAGGCCCACCAACGUCGCAUUUUUCUCGAUGCCGACCCCGGCUGCCGUAGGCAUUCUGGGAGAGGCCGACGAAGAAGUCACGGACAUAAGCAUAGCAGUGUCGCCACACAACGAUGAUGGCGAGGCUUGGGAGGCCGGGCCAGCACCUGGGCCGCCAGGACGAUACGCCGACAAGGCGCAAGGGCUCUCGCUGGCUCAGCGGCUUCGCCAGCUCGACUUCUCUGACGACGAGGAUGAGGAAAUUCAGUCGUCAAGGCACGAGCUGCGGGAGCAGGAGGGCGGCACGGCUCUGCAUGCUGACAUGGCGGAUCCUGAUUCUGUGCUUGAGGAAGGCCAUGAAUCGGCCCUUGUCACAGAUGCGGGGAUCGUGGUAGAAGACUGCCAGGAGUUCAUCCAGGAGGUUGACAGUGACGACGACUGA